CUGCAAUGGAGUGCAGGCUGACUCGAACUAUUAUCAUCUGUGUACUUCUAACAGCAGGAAGCUGGUUCUUCGGAGUGGAGGCAUUUAUAAAACUUAAUUGUCAGUAUGAAAAAAUUCAGGAGGGUCAAUGGAUGAAUGCAAGUCUACCUCCACAAAAAGCCUGGCUGGUUGUGGGUAGCAGGCCAGAAGUGUACAAGACUCUAGAAGGACCGACAUUUGUUUUUAAAGAUUCGUCGAUAAAUCUGAUGCCAUUUCUGAAAGCAGAUCUAGAAAAGCUGAAAUGUAAGAUCAAGUCUUAUUUCACAGACAACAUACAGGUGUUAUGGCCUGAUAUUCCUCCCUCUGACAAUACACAGGAUUCUUGGUAUAUUGUCACAACACAACACACCGAUGAGAAGUUUCAGAUGUCAACAUUCUUCACCAUUCUUACCCAGACACCAUCGACAGCAGAGAGAGAUGAUGACAUACAUGAUGCUGUAGCUACAUUUACGACAAGUACCCACACUCCUCAUAUCUAUACCAGACUUAAUGACAACGUAGUUUUGGACUGCGCUUUUACAGUGGAUCACAAGGCUGAAGCUUCGGUUACAUGGCAUUUCCAGGGUUCAGGAAGGCGAAACCUAAAACUUUUGUCUUACAAUGGAUCCACAAAGCAGUUGGAGUAUCACAGAAAAAAUAGUGUGAUGCAGGUGGAGAAAAUACAGAAGGGGAUUGCUUCUCUUAGUGUGACCAAUGUGGCACUGGAAAAUCAAGGACAAUUCACCUGCACUGUAUCCGUGGGAUCUCUCUAUGCUGAACAACAGAUUAACCUUGAAAUCAGAGAAAGCCCAGUUGUGUCUGUAAAUGUAGAAUCGGUGACACUGACAGAGGGAGAAGAACAGAAGUUUGUCUGUGAUGCUUCCAAUUAUUAUCCUCUGAAUGUCAAUAUUGAAUGGCUCCAGGAAGGCCAACAUGGAGGAUUUUUGCCAACUUUAGUGCCAAACCUCAUCUAUAGCAGCCACAAAUACAAUCGUGAUGGUACCUUUAGCCUUUCCGGUUCCUUCCUGUACACAGCGUCCCUGCAGGACAGCGGCUCCACUUUCACCUGCCGCGUGGAACAUGAAAGCCUCAGCAUAUCAAUAAAGAAGAAAGUGACCCUUACAGUUCUAGAGAGAAAUGGCUGGACCUGGACAUUUCUUCAAGUUAUGAUCAUUAUAUUUAUUUUGAUCAUUAUAUGUGGUGUAAUCGCACUGUGGAAAGGCUGUGUAAGCACUUCAAUACGAUACCAGUCUCGUCCAAUCUACAGCAAAGCUUACACAGGAACUAUGGGCUUUCUUCCGAGAAGAAAUGGACAAGGUGUGUUGCUGAAAGUGGAUUCUUUGGAAGAUUACUAG